UUAUUGGGCGAAAAUGACUUGUGGAGUUUGUAAAUAAACGUAUCAUUUACAAUAAGACACCAUUGAUAAACAGGAUCGGUUUUAUUUUUACAAGCAAGCAAGCGAUCAUCGUGAUAUAUUACUACGUAUAGACAGGGUAGGGUAGAUCUUUGAAGCAGGCACUGACUACACACAAUGGAACAGGCUGAAGAAGAUAUAUCACUAAUAACAGAAGAAACCUUUGAGUUUGGAGUGGAUUCACCUUCAGACAGCCUGGAGGUCAGUCUGGAAGAGGAGGAUGAGGUCUUCAUUGGGCCUGUGAAACACGUUGAGAGGUGUGUGGCCAAGAGCAUUGACCUGAACAUUCAGAAGAGCGGGGAGAGCCAGAGGAGGAGAAGCAAACAGGGCUUGUGGAGCUGGAGCCCCCUGAGUGCAGAUAAACUGGAGGAGAUCUCCAGGGAGGCCAACCGACUGGCCAUGCAGCUGGAGAAGAGCAGCCUGAAAGAGAACACAGGGAUUGGGGACAGGAACUCACCGCUAGGGGAGGCCAGAGCCAAACUCAGGGUGCUGAAGGACGAACAGGAGUACAGGAAAAGCUCCCGGAGCCCGAGACGGGAGACGUACCUGGUGAAAAACAGCCCUGUGAAGUCACUGCUUCCCUCUGUAGACACAGAGAGUGUGUGCGUCUCCCCGCUGGCAUGGGCACACUGUGAGGAUGUUCACAUGGCUGGCAGCACUGCCCUCGUCCAGCCCAGGCCAUGCAGUAGAGAUGAAUCACUGGAAAAGCUCAGCAAGAGAACAGCCACUCCCAGCUCCCCGGCGUCUAACAGACUGGCACAGGAUUCCAAGACAGCCGCUGGUAAGACUGCUUGUUCACCAGCUACCAGCAAACUGUCAAAGUGCGAGAAAAUCACACCAAGCAAGUGCCCAUGCUCAUCCACACCUGACAAACUGCAGGGAGACCAUACUUUGACACCCAGCAAAAGUGCCUCCUCUCCAGCAUCUAGACAACUGGCAAGGGUCGACACACCAACACUGAGCAAAAGUGCCUCCUCUCCAGCAUCUAGACAACUGGCAAGGGUCGACACACCAACACUGAGCAAAAGUGCCUCCUCUCCAGCAUCUAGACAACUGGCAAGGGUAGACACACCAACACUGAGCAAAAGUGUCUCCUCUCCGGCAUUUCGAAAACUGCCACUAAGCAGGAAUGUGCGCUCACCCACAUCUCGAAAACUGCCAAGGGAGGACAAACCCGCGCCAUGCAAGAUGCCAUCCUCCCAGCUGUCUCGCCAAUUGCCAAAAGAGGAGAAAAUGACACGAAGCAAAUCUGUUUGCUCACCAGUAUCCAGCAGAUCACAGAGUGGUAAAAAGACAACCUCAGUGAAGGCAUUCUGCUCCCGAACUGAGAGAAAGGAAGACCUUCACUGUGGCUCCACAGUUAAGCAAAAAGAAAACACUUCUGUAGCCUCUUCAGUCUCCGCCCAUCAGAAUCUGAACUCGUCGCUAGCCGGGAGACCUGGGGCCGCCCCAAUCGCCUUACACUCAGAGAAAUCUAACACAUUCAGAGAGAGAACAGGCAUCCCUGCGCCGGUCAGCAGGCUGCCAACUCUGUCAGCCAUGCUAAAACCCUCAGCAAAGUCAGGGGGUACAAGCCAUCUGCAGCCCCCCAGCGACAGAGCUCCUUCUGGGAAUGGCUUAGCAAGACCAGGGUCCUUGACACAACCCAAGGGUGGGCUCCGAGCUCCUUCAGCUGGACAGUCUAAUCUUCCUACGUAUGCAAAUCGAAGCAGGCUGGUCCCACCUAAGAAGGCGACACAAGCAACUGAACGUUGAUUUGCCCUCAGGAUUUACAGCGUACUUCAAUGCUUACUGGACGCUUCAGCAAUAUACACGGUGACAAAGAACUGAAAAAUCCAGUGUGGCCACUAGAUGUCACUCUUGCUCUAUGUAAUCAUCACCUGUAAAGCUGGCUGCAGCUACCUAGUAUAUUGCAAGAUAUUUCAGAUCUACUAACAGUUCAGCUACAAUGAAUAAGAUAAGGAAGAUUUUAAAGCCUUGUUACUUCACCCUUAAUUCAUCCAACCAUAUGCAGCUCCUGAUAACUAUACAAAGAAGACCUCUUUUCUUUAUUGUAAUGUAAUUUUCCUGUAAUUGUGGGAUUUUAAAUAGCUGCUUUUGGAUGUUGCCUUACAAGAAUUGCCAAUGGCUUUUUGUUGGCACAUAUAAAUAGAGUAGGACUUGGAAAAUGAAACCGAAGUAUUAGAGGCAGAGACAUGACAGCCAGCCUGUGAAAUGAAUAACAUUGUGAUGGGGUGCCAGCCCGCCUUUAUAAUUUGUGUUAGUUUUUACUGUUUUCAUUAUGAUUUUCGUGAUAAUGCUUGUGUUUUGGAUCGGCAAGGAGGGGGUUAAAUUUCUCCCUGCAAAUACAUGUGAGAAUGUGGCUGGAGCUUUAAUAGGCUAAUUGUUAAUUAUUGAUUGGGCUCUAGCCACAGACUAUAAAAGCCAGGAGGAAUCCUUUGUCUGGGUGGAGUGGUUUUGUUUGGAGAGAGACACAGAGUGCAGGUUGUCAGCAAAUGAAUGAAUGAAUGAAUGAAUGAAUGUGUGUGUGUGUGUGUGUUAAAUCUAAUUAAUGUUUUUGUGUAAUAUUUGUUUUUAUCAUCCAUAACUUUCAUCACUUAUUCAAAAGGUGUAUGGUAGUAAAUGAGAAUAAAACCGCUUUGACCUGAAGUUUUUAUCCAAGUUUUUAUAGGAUGUCAGUGGAUCUUUUUAGUAUUUUUAUAUUAGUUUCUUAUAGCAAAGCCAAUGUAUAACUUUCUGUAACGGAAAUGUGUUAACCACUCAUGCGAUUAUAAAUAAAUGUUUUAUUUGUUACUAAAUAUGAUCGUAAACGUUGUCUUUCGUAUGUGUACUGUAACAGGCCUGGGGUCAAUUCCUG